GCCUGGCGGCGGGAGACCGGCCACGCUUAUCCGAGAUGUCGUCCACCGCGGCUUAUUACCUGCUCUCCACCCUGGGAGGGUACUUGGUGACCUCCUUCUUGUUGCUCAAGUACCCGACCUUGCUGCACCAGAGGAAGAAACAGCGCUUCCUCAGCAAACACAUCUCUCACCGCGGAGGUGCUGGAGAAAAUUUGGAGAAUACAAUGGCAGCGUUUCAGCAUGCAGUAACCAUUGGAACUGAUAUGCUGGAAUUGGACUGUCAUAUCACAAAAGAUGAGCAAGUUGUUGUGUCACAUGAUGAGAAUCUAAAGAGAUCAACUGGGGUCAAUGUGAACAUCUCAGAUCUCAAGUACUGUGAACUCCCACCUUACCUUGGCAAACUGGAUGUCACAUUUCAAAGAGCAUGCCAAUGUGAAGGAAAAGAUAACCGAAUUCCAUUAUUGAAGGAAGUUUUUGAGGCCUUUCCUAACACUCCCAUUAACAUCGAUAUCAAAGUCAACAACAGUGUGCUGAUUAAGAAGGUUUCAGAGUUGGUGAAACAGUACCGACGAGAACACAUAACAGUGUGGGGUAAUGCCAAUUAUGAAAUUGUAGGAAAGUGCUACAAAGAGAAUUCAGAUAUUCCCAUCCUCUUCAGUGUACAACGUGUUCUGCUCAUUCUUGGCCUGUUCUUCACUGGUCUCUUGCCCUUUGUGCCCAUUCGAGAACAGUUUUUUGAAAUCCCAAUGCCUUCUAUCAUAUUGAAGUUAAAAGAACCACACAAAAUGUCCAAAAGUCAGAAGUUUCUCAUCUGGCUUUCUGAUAUUUUAUUAAUGAGAAAAGCUUUGUUUGACCACCUUACUGCUCGAGGCAUUCAGGUAUAUAUUUGGGUAUUAAAUGAAGAACAAGAAUACAAAAGAGCUUUUGAUUUGGGAGCAACUGGGGUGAUGACAGAUUAUCCAACAAAGCUUAAGAAUUUUUUACACAGUUUUUCAGCAUAGAAAAGGAAGUAUUCAGAAGCAUUCAAAGAAACUAUGAAAAGAUCUAAGGGAGAAAAAUUUUUCAUUAUCAUUUUCCUAAGCCAUUUUCAGAAAGGUAAAAGGUUUAAUCAGUUAAGUUUUUAUUACCUCAUUUUUAAGCUGCCUGAGAAUGUAGAAACUCUAUAUUGUAUAUUUAUUUUAAACAAUAUUGCAUAUUUGCAUUUGUAAAUAGUUUAUUUAGAAAGAUUAUUGAUCAAGAUUUCUGUAUAUGAUUAUAUUAUUGUAAGUCUGAAAUCAAAAGACCAUUGGAUAAUUGGAUAAUUUCACUGGAAUAAGGCCAGCUCAUUAGUAAAACAAAACUAUUCAAGGCCUCUAUAGCUAUUUUGAGUUGUCUUUUUAUUUCUAGCUACAUCUUAGUUGGUGGGGAAAAAUACUGUGGAAGGAGAGCUUGGAAAUCAUUGAUGUGGUUACCUGACAAGUUGUACAUGUUAACAGAAGGCAGACUCAAAGAAUUAACCGGAAGUUUAUUACUUGAUCAGAAAUAAAAUCUGUAGACUGAAUUAGAUUUCAUAGUUGCUGUUGUUAAUGGGGACAUUCUAUUUGGAAUCCUCUUCAGGUGUGUAACAUGUCCUUUUUCUUUUUUGGGGGGGGUUAAAUAUUAAAACUAGAUUUAUCAAUUGUAAAUUAAGACAAGAUCCAAAUAGUCAUAUUUUUAUGUUUCCUGUAAAGAAAUUUAAAUUUUCCAUUUUGGGCAAUGACUGUUUGGGCCUACAUGUAGAUUUUCAGUAACAUUUUGAAUCCUAACCACAUGAAACUGAUGAAAGUGCAUAUCAUUUGUUAAUACUUGUAGUAUAAACUACCUGUUCCUGAUCUUUAAGAAUGUAUUCUUCUGACUAUUAAUGUGGAAAUGAAAUUUUCCAAAGCACUAGCCAUCACUUUCCCUGCUUUUCUGAUGUGACCUCAUGUAAAUCUGUUUCUGAUUUUAUUGGCUAAUUUUCAUGUUCUCUUUGGGAGGUGAAUGUAAUCUGGAUUAAUAAAUAUCUUUUACCUAGAUCACAUCUCUCAUUUAGAGUUUGCCAGUUUACAGCUAAGAAGGAUGACCAGACUCCCACUUAUCCCUGGAUGAUAAAGUAACAUUUGCCUUUUUUGUUUAUACCGAAAUAAAGUUUUCCAAGAACAAAA